AUGCAAAAAUUCAAUCACGGGGAGGAAAUUACGAUGCGGAUUGAGAAGAUUGGGCGUGAGAGACGGGAUUCUAUCAACACUAUAUUACUCGUUUGUGUAUCGCCUCAUCUCAUCACUCAGUCCAAGCCACUGCAACUUCCUCCGAUCAAUAACGAGAAAGUUUUGAAGAAGUUUGAGAAGACGUUGGUGGGAAGGAUCCUCAACCCGGAGAUCCAAGAGACUCGUGUGAAGGUAAUGCUUGUGUUCUUACCAUCGGUGUGGAAGUGCGAGGGCCGUGUGAAUGCAAUUGAGCUGGAACGAGGAGGGCCGUAUCACUUUGAUGGUUGGAUGAUUGCCAUCGAGCGCUGGGUGCCAACAGUGAGAAGAGAUUUCCCGACUACAAUCCCUUUUUGGGUUAAGAUCAUGGAUCUUCCUGGACAAUACUGUGAAGACGACCAAUUGGAGAAAAUAGGUGAAGAUCUAGGGGAGCUUAUGAACUAG